UCGCACUUUCACUAGCUGAGUAACGGGUAUCAGAUAGUCGGGGAACUCGACUAUAGCGUUCUCUCUUGUUUUGAAUUAAUUUUCGUAGCAUACUUGCCUCUUUUUCUCUGCGUGCGUGUGACAGCCAUUUGAAUAGAUCGAUUGUGCAUGUUUUGAGUCUGGAGCGACAUAAGAGGAUUAAGGAGUUGCUAAUAUUUGCUGAAUGCUGCGAACCAAUAAAUGACAUGUUAUGCCCUCUAAUUAAUGCGCCUCGACAUGCGACACGCGUGUGCGGCUUCUGACCAAAUGAUUCUGACUAGUCCCUUCUGGGUCUUGACCCAGCCUGCACAUCCCAAAACAGGCGCUGUCGGCUUAAUUUAUGCACAUACAUAAAUACCAAUGAGCCACACCUCGAAGGCGCCAUCGCAAGAAACCGGGUGAGAAGCCAAUUCUUGUGGCCCCAUCCUGGCCGGUCCGGCGUUUCAUUUUUCAACUGUCGCCUACCACAAAGCCAGUGACACCUUCGACUCCCCGCCUGAAGAUGGUGCAGAAGGGGUUAUCUGGAGGCACUUCGGGCGUGAAUACAUACAUGGAAAUUAAAAUGUUGUUAGGUCAGGCGAUGGUUCCAUUAUUUUUUUCAGAUUUAAUUCUAUGAAAGUAACUGUGGAAAUUUAUCUUUAACGGACACUAGCUCCAGGCAAGGAGAGGUACGGAUUCCUAACAGUUUAUAAUAAAUCAAAAGCGAUACAAAUCUGAACAAAUGGCACACGAAGUCAAAUAAGUGAGGUCCAACAUUCGACAGCAACUUAAGUCACUGUAUAUUCUCAAAACUUCUACCCAGGCAAUCAAAGUAAAAUAUGGCGUCAGAUUUGAACUCCAAUUCCAAUGUAUAUGCAGUGUUAAAAUGGAGAUUUUAACUUUGUUGUAAGCCAACACGUAUCAUAAUCCUGUAAAAUGCUUAACCUACCUUCUACAGAUUGUCAUAUAUUUAAUAUAUUACACAAUUUCAUUUUCAGCGUAUUGCUUUUGUAUUUUUAAAAGACUAAACAGUCACAGGCUUAAAGAAACAAACUUUGUUCCUAAUACUAAAACACUGUGAAUCAAAAACAGUUAAAAAAUACAGCCAUGAGUUCCGAUCAAAGUUAUUGCCCUAAUUGGUUCCGAAUCGGAUCUAGUUCGUUAGACCUGACACCUAUUUUGUUUACACAAACCCGACUGGUGUGGCUUAAGAAUGUUAAUGUUAAUAUUAACUGUUAAGAAUUGAUAAUAAAUUAAAAUAGUAAUUAAUCGAUAUUAAGAACCAACAUUCACACUCAUUUCAUCUUGACAACCCUAAAGAGCUGGAUAAUUACUAGGAGUUUAACAAGCGCUAUUACAGGCUGGACUUGCUUUUAAAUUAAACAGACUGAUUUGGAUUAGCAAACGGGUAAACAGUCAUAAACAUUUUAGCUUAGUGAUUCCUGGAAACAGCUGAUCUAAGAAAGUUCGAGAACGCAACCGCUCAGAAUGGCCGAUAAACUUAGUGCGCAGAGGAAUGAUUCCCGGUUAAGGACGCAGUGCCGCAUUCUCCAUUCAAAGCAGACGGACCUGCUCAGUCAACUGCUGCCCAACACCCAAGUGCUGCGAAAACUGCGUUCCCUCUCCAUCGGGAGCAUUUCCCAAGCAGCUCUGGAGGAGAUCUUUGCUAACUGCAGUCAGCUGGAGAGCCUACUUCUGUGCGACAGGACGGGUUCCGGAGUCCUUUAUGAUAUUCGGAGCAUAGGGCUCUGCUGGAUGUUGAAGGUGCUGCUACUGCCGCUGAAUGUAGGGACGCCACUGGCCAUCUGCUCUCUGGUGAACCUCACCCAUCUAACCCUUCAGCGCCAGAAACUUAGUCAGGAAACGGACUGGAUGCCUACCGUCCUGGCCAUCAUCCAUGCCAAGCGAUUCAAUCUUCAAGGACUCAGCUUUGAUGGCUCCUGGCUGAUCGCUCCUCUGAAUCUGUCCCACCUUCAGCUGGCUCAAUGUACAGCCCUCACCGAUCUGAAACUGAGCAACUGCAAACUGGGUGAGGCAGACAGCCCCCCAUUGCCCUUCUCCUGCCAAAGGAUCAGCUUCCGGCGAUGCUCCAUGGGCAAACCCCUUUGUUACAUAGGGACCCAUCCGCUAUUAAAGAAACUGGAGCUGUUUGACUGCCGGAUUUUGUCUGAAAUUCCCAUUCUAAGUCGCAUCUUAAACGUAAGGAGGCACCAGCCUGUCGACGGACCACUCCUGCUCACUUUUAGCCAGUCCAUAAGACUACAUUCUGAGCUCACGAAGUGGACCCAUGAGGAUGUGAGUGCCCACAGCAAGUGGCUGCAAGUAAAGGAACUGGAGCCCCACCAGGCAGAUACAUGGCACCAACCAGUCGGCACAGUUUCCAUGAAGUUUGCCCGUUCCAUAAAUUAUCUGCCCAAUCUCAAGCUCCCAGAGGAGAGUAUCCCAAAUGCGGCUGAUGUUGUCAGGAAGCUGGAUCCUUUAUAAGGAGUUAAAUCCGAGUAGUAAUUACAAAAAUAUAUAAAAGGGUAAUGGCUGAACAUCUUAAAAACUUGGUAUGGUGAAAAUGUAGGUAUUAGCAUUAGCAACCUCCAGCUGUGCAUCACUGAAAAAGUAUUUUUAUCAAGUUGUAAUCAAAAUGGAAUGCAGUACAACUUUCAUAAUGGAAUUUUCCAAUUUAAUUGUGGAAUUUUUGAGGAAAGCACCUAUAACCCCUGCUCUCUUCAAAUAACAAAUUUCUUUACUCCCACAAUUUAAUGCAUGCAAAUCCCACGUGAAAUACCUUCAGUCGACAUAUGCCCCCAAUCCCUUCAAGUGGCACACAACAUAUUAAAUUUAUCAAAUAUAAACUCGAAAGGCUUCGCCAUGUUAGCCCCAUAUUAGCAUUAGGAUUGCCAUUAUUCCAGUCGGAUGAGUUUUGUUUAUCAUCGAGCACAUAAAUUACAAAAAGUUGCCAAAAACAAGGACUAAAGUGAAAUUUAUGUGUACCGCAUGUAAUUAAUAAUAAAAGAAAUCGCGCAAACGAA